AUGGAGGCUAUCGCCAUAGACGCUUCCUUACCUGUUGAAGUUGGUAAACAACUUAAAAGAGUCCAGAAAAAGAUCGCCGAUCUUCUGGAGGACAUUGGUCGACUCUCAGACGAGCUGCAGAGGAAGGACUCACUCCUGGCCACUUUUAAAUCUCUGCUCCCGACGUUGUCCAGCUGGUUGGAGAGCACACAGACCAGCGAGCUGCCACAGCAUAGCACUGCCACUGCACUGAGGGACACCAUCGUCUGGGAGCCUUCCUCCUCCUCCUGUCAGCGGCCCUCCAGCUCUACUCCCAACAAAGGGACCCCCUGGUCUGAGGAAGUGGUCCGCAAUCGGAAGAAGGCUUCUGCCGGGGCUCUGUGCAGGGUUUCCACCUCCGUCGGCAUCCCCCUCUUCAACAAAUAUUCGGCUCUGUCCAUGACUGGACCAGGGCCCUGCUGA